AUGGCGAUUAAACGUAAAGAUUUUCAAAAGACAUCAUCCAUUAUACUCGAAUUUUUACUUAAACUACCUGAUGAAGAAACAAGUUCACGUUUGCGCGAUACACUUCUACAUGGUCUUCAUUUUCUUCAACAAUACUAUUUGAUCUUACAGAAACGUGAUAAAGAACAAAAACCAUUACAAUGGACGAUUGAACGUGGCCUCAGUCCUCUCACACCAUUCCGUGAAGCGCCCGAUAAAUUCGAAUGGCCAUGGAUUGACGUCGAAUCUAAUAAAGUCAAGCAAACAUUGCCGAAACACUCAUUAAAUGAUUUCGUUACCCUAUCACCGAUCAUCAUGGCUGUACGGGAAGGAGAUUUACGCUAUGUCAAAGAACUACUAAAUUCGAAGCCGGAGUUAAUCGAUCGUGUGGAUGCAUUCGGUCGGGAUUUAUUAACAUAUGCUGUUCAAUAUCAACAGAUUAAUAUUCUACGUUACCUAUUGUUAGAAUGUAAACCAUCACCGAAUAUAAAUACUCAAGCAAACGAUGGUUCAACAUGUCUACAUCGGGCAUGUUACAGCGAUGAGACUCAACAAUGCGAUGUGGACAUCGUUCGAUUGCUAUUGGAAAAUCAUGCUGAUGUGACCAAACAAGAUGUACAUAUGCGGUCACCAUUGCAUUGGGCUGUUCUCGCCGAAAAUACAGAUUGUUUGAGGCAGUUGGUGGGAUUCAACGCUGAUGUACAUGCAAGAGAUGCAGAUGGAAUGACGGCAGCGAUGUGGGCUUGUCAUCUCGAUCGGCAUGAACACUUCAAAGAAUUAUCACGACAUAUGAGUGGAAAACUAGAACAAGAUAAUGAUGGUCGAACUUGGAUUCAUCAUAGUGUUCGUAAAACUGAACCAUUGGAAUGCUUAAGGUUGUUGUUAUCGGCCGAAUCGAUGAAAUUACGUGAUAACGAUGGACGAACAUGUUUACAUGUUGCUGCUGAACAGGGUUCAGUACAUGCAUGCCGACUAAUCUUUGAUAUGAAUGCUCAGUUUAAUAACCCAACAUCUAUACACGAUGGAGAUAAGUACCGUCAAACGCCACUUCAUUUAGCAACUAAAAACGGUCAUGCACGUGUACUCAAAGAACUUUUAGAUCAUGGUGCUGAUCCACAUCUUCAGGAUAUCCAUGGUGUAUCUGCGUUUGAUUAUGCGCAAAAUCGUGGUCUUUACUUUUGUCGUAGUGUGUUUGAAGUUUAUCUACGCGAUAAGAAUAACAACAAUUAUGACAGCCAAUCUCUACCAACACGUAGUUUUAAUAGUACUAGUAAUAAUGCUGUAAGGAGAAAUGGAUCUGAUGUGGCACCAACGCCGCCUAUGAAUGGCCACGCAAGAUUCAUUCGUCACAGUAAUCGUCGUCUGAUGACAGAGUCAUUGCCCCAACCAAUGCGCUCAUCACCCACCCUUUCCAAUGAACAAUUUGCGCAUACAACUACAGCAGCAACAAUUCAACAGAAUAGCCUUCCUAAAACCGUAAUGUAUCUUGAUGAUGAUGAUGAUGAUGCAGAUAAUAACAAUGCUGAAAAUAACCAUGAUGUCAAUCGACAACGGUAUCGGCCACCUUCUUCGACUACAACGAAUUCAACAAUGGCACCUCCAGUGAAACCACGGAAAAGUUCGACAACACCAAAUAGUUCACUUGUCAACACAUCCAAACCACGACGAAAACAGGAGCAUCACCAUCAUGUUAUAAUCACAUCUGCUCAUUCCGAUGGCGACGAACCAAACAGUCUCGAAGGUUAUGCCGGUCAAAGUGACUUCGAUGAUGACAAUGACGAUGAACCAUGGCAAUCCGCUUGGUCUGCUCGGCCUACUUCUCGUCUAUCGUCACGUCACCACGAUGAUCGGUUACAGCAGCAACAACAGCAUCAAUCCAGUACAACGUUUCGCCGACCACAUUAUAAACAAUCGAAACAGGCCAAUCGACCAUCGAUUCAUGAUGAAUAUCGUUAUAUUGAAGAACAACAACAACCACCACCACAGCAAGCUGUAACAUCCGCAAGGACCAGACAACGAAACCGUUCAGCAGCCACAAAAGAUUUUCCACAACCAUCAUCAGCUUAUCUUGGAUCUGGUAAUAGUAAUCCACCAGGAACAAGUCGAUUAAAAUCUGGCUCCAAAACAGGUUCGAAUGAAACAAGUCCUACUCUCGAUUUAACCGUCGCUGGACAAAAAGUUUUUCGAAAUCGACAACAAAUGGAUACCUAUUAUUCACAACAAUCUAUUCCGCCGAGUAACAUGCGGCCACCAAGUGGUCGUCUGAAACCGAUUAGCAGUGCUAAAUCGACUUCGUCCUAUACCGAUGAGUUUUCACCCAUGUCACCCAAAACAUUAGAGGACGUUACGAAUAAUGUCAAACCAACAUCAGCACUGCCGACCAGAGCACAUCUUUAUAAGAAACGACUUGCUCCAUUGACGAAUAGUAAUGAAUUAGUGAACAAAAAGCAUGCAACUCGUUCGUCAAUGGAACAACAGACGUAUAUGAUUGAUGAUGUACCAUCGGAUAGAUCCGAAGAAGCAAGUGGUGGAACAAGUGCAAGCGGACGAGACAUUCAGUCAUUAAGCGGCAGUGAUAAGCGCUCAAAACAUCAUUAA